CGUUGCAUCUUCUGGUGCCUCCGAGGUAUAUACGCAGAGCACACGGAUCGAUCAGACCGCGCUCUGCAACGGAGCAUUUUCAGAGAAAACCCCACAUAUUUUCUGACCUUCGUCGCCCGUUGGGUAGAUGGUAUCGUUUCUGGGACGAACAGACAUUCGAGAGGUGAGAUGUAGAGUAACAGACACACACACACACACACACACACACCCAACUACAGUACCCUCGCUGCGCAUGCGCGCCGAGGGUAA